AUGCUGCAGAAGCCGUUUCGGCAGCUGCGCUUCCAGGGGCACGUCCAGCGCGAGCGGGCCAUCCAACAGCUCGCCGAGCACUUCAGGGUCCCUCCCGGUACGGUCGACGUCGUCAGAGUGGGCAACUGGAGGGGGGUGGUGCCUCUGAAGCCUGUUAGCGGGCCUGCCGUCUGGUACGCCGACGAGCUGAUUCACCGCCCAGAAGAAUGGAGGUUCCAGUUGAACGAGGAGCACAUUGCGGAGCUGGAGGCUGCCGUUGACGCUGCGAUCGAGUCCGGACAGAUCCUCGAGGGCCUGAGUUUGGACAACGUGUCCCUGCCGACUCUGGGCCCCAUCCUGACGGGCUUCCGGGUUGAGGCGGUCCACGGUCGUGGGUUCCAGCUGAUUUCAGGCCUUCCCGUCGGGCGCUGGAGUCGGGAGCAGACAGUCGCCGCCUACUGGAUCAUAGGCCUGCACUGGGGCAAAGCGGUCUCCAACAACCACAAGGGGCAUCUUGUGGGCCACAUCAAGGACAUCGGACACGACCCUGCAAGCCCCAGCACCAGACUCUACGCCACAAGUGUGGCGCAGCCCUUCCACAACGACGCGGCCGACCUUGUCGUGCACAACGAGUUCCUCAAGCUGCGCCCUGACCUGGGACCCGUCAUGACUGAGAACUGGUACUUUGACAGGAAGGGCGAGGUCCCAGCCGGGAAGCAGCCCUUCUUCGCCAUCCCCGCCUUCAACUACUUCCUGGAGCUGCUCAUGUUCAACAUCUCCAUUCUGUACCACGCUGCACAGGGCAACCUCACCGUGAACUGGUCGUCGAACUACUACCUGCUGAGCCAGCGCCAUGAGGCAGUCCCUCGUCUGACCCCUGCCCACCUCGAGGCCAUCAAAUUGUUUGACGAGCUGGCAGCCUCCCCACGCCACUCCAUCCGCUACCAGCUGCAGCCAGGUGACAUCCAGCUGCUCUCCAACCACACGGUUCUGCAUGCCCGGUCAGCGUUUGUUGAUGACGCCGAGGACCCGAACCUGCGCCGCCACCUGCUGAGGCUGUGGCUGGCGCCUCCUGAUGAGUUCCCACUGCCAGAGGCGUAUGCGGACAUCCUGGGGGGGUCGGUGGAGGUGGGCAAGCGCGGAGGAAUUGUGGUGAGCGGCACCAGGCUCAACAUCCCCCUCGAGGCAGAGUGA